AUGUCUACUUUUUUUGAUGACAUGAAGAGGUCUUUCGAGGCAGUGCCCUUAGAUUCUGAUAAGAAGAUUUCUACACCAGAAUUUUUAGAAGCCUCUGAAUCCUUGGUUAAAUUAUUUGACGUCAUAGGGAACCCUGCAUUUGGUAUGGUUCAGAAUGAUUUGACUGGUAAUAUCGAGAAGGUUCGUAAGAGAUAUUUGGCGAAACCGGAUGAAUCUGCAAAAUUACAAGAUUUGGUUACCAAUGAAAGAGCAGAAGGACAAAAAACAGCCAGCGAAGGUUUGCUAUGGUUAAACAGAGGGCUACAAUUUACGGCACAAGCUAUGACUGAAACAAUCGAGAACCCAUCUAUGGAAUUGCCUGAAUCAUUCACCAAUGCUUACAAGAAGACAUUAAGCAAACACCACAACAUGCUUCUUAAGCCAGUUUUCAAGUUCGCUAUGAAGGCUUGUCCGUACAGAAAGGACUUCUUUGAAAAGCUCGGUGCUGACCAAGACAAGGUUAACAAGCAAUUGGAGGCUUGGGUUGCUGCCCUCAGUAAUAUUGUUGCUAUUCUAUUAGAAUUCUUAGCUACAACAUGCAAAGAUCUAUAA